AUGGACGACAUCCCAAUUGAGUUUACCGAGCUGGUGGACUUGACCGCGGUGGGGAUCGCGCCGCAGUCGCUGGACUUCAGGUCCACGACGUUCGAGAGCGACCACUACGUGACGGUGCGCGAGACACGCGAUGGGACGAACUCGGUGGCGAUCGUGGAGCUGCUGAACGGGAACCACGUGACGCGCAAGAACAUGGGCGGCGACUCGGCCAUCAUGCAUCCGCGGCAGAAGGUGAUCUCCGUGCGCGCCAACGGGACCAUCGUGCAGAUCUUCAACCUGGAGACAAAGCAGAAGCUGAAGUCGUUCCAGCUUGAUGAGCCGGUGAUCUUCUGGAGCUGGCUGAAUGACGAGGUGCUGGGGUUCGUGACGGCGAACUCCCUGCUCACGUGCCGGGCGUUUGACGGCGAGGUGGCGCAGCCGCCGGCGCGGCUGACGGCGCGCAACGCGAACCUCAAGAACACUCAGGUGAUUAACUUUGUGGCGAACCGUGCGCUGGACUGGUUUGCGGUGGUGGGCAUCACGCAGGAGAACGGGCGCAUUGCGGGCAAAAUCCAGCUAUUUUCUAAGGCGCGCAACAUCUCGCAGGCGAUCGACGGGCACGUCGCGACGUUCGCGUCGCUGAUGCUGGACGGCAACCCGCAGCCGGUCCAGGUGUUCGUGACCGGUAACCGCAAUGCGACGACAGGCGUGGGCGAGCUCCGCAUCAUCGAAAUUGAUCACGCGGCAGCGUGUCCCGUGCAGUACCAGAAGAAGACUGUGGACAUUUUCUUUCCUCCGGACGCCACCAACGACUUCCCGCUGGCAGUGCAGGUCUCCGAAAAUUAUGGCGUGAUCUACAUCCUAACUAAAUACGGGUUCAUUCACCUUUACGAGCUUGAGACGGGCUCGAAUCUAUUUGUGAACCGCAUUACGGCCGAGUCGGUCUUCACUGCGACUCAUUACAAUGAUCGCAACGGCAUUGCCUGCAUCAACAAGAAGGGUCAGGUGUUAGCGGUUGAAAUUGAUAAAGCCCACAUUGUUCCGUAUGUUCUAAAUCAGUUGUCCAAUGUCUCCCUUGCCCUGACAAUUGCCUCGCGUGGUAAUUUGCCGGGUGCAGAUGACUUAUUCCACAAGCAAUUUAGUAGUCUGCUGGAAAAGGGCGACUACCAAGCCGCAGCGAAGGUGGCCGCAUCGUCGGAGCAGCUGCGCACACAGGCAACGAUUAACAAGUUGAAAAACAUUCAGGCCCCUCCAGGCGCAGUGUCACCUAUUUUGUUAUACUUUUCAACUCUUCUUGAUAAGGGAAAACUUAACAAGCACGAAACUAUUGAGCUUGCCAAGCCUGUCUUGCAGCAAGAUAGAAAGCCUCUAUUUGAGAAAUGGUUGAAGGAAGAUAAAUUGGAAUGUUCGGAGGAGCUGGGUGAUGUAGUUCAUCCUUUCGAUACCACCUUAGCCCUCGCUUGUUAUGUGAGAUCUGGAUCUCACCAGAAAGUUAUUUCAUGUCUAGCAGAGUUGCAGCAAUUCGAUAAGAUCCUCCCAUAUGCAGAGAAGGUUGGGUUUCAGCCUAACUUUGUCGUGUUGAUAUCGAAUCUACUACGGACUUCUCCAGACAAGGCAUCGGAGUUUGCAAUCAGUCUAUUGCAAUCACCACAAAGCGCCGACAAACUAGAAGUAGAGAAGGUUGCUGAUAUGUUCUUUUCGCAAAACCACAUACAACAGGGUACCUCCUUCCUUUUGGAUGCUCUAAAGGGUGACAGUCCUGAUCAGGGCCAUCUUCAGACUCGUGUUCUCGAAAUAAACUUGAAACACGCACCGCAGGUGGCAGAUGCAAUUUUGGGCAACAACCUGUUUAGCCACUUUGACAGGCCACUCAUCGCCACUCUGUGUGAAAAGGCUGGUUUGUACCAAAGGGCUUUAGAACACUAUACUGACAUUAAGGAUAUUAAGAGGUGCAUUACACACACCUCUGUCCUUCCAGUAGACUGGUUGGUGUCUUACUUUGGGAAGCUAAACAUCCAGCAGUCUUUGGCUUGUCUAAGGGCGCUGAUGGAUGCUGAUUUGUCAGGCAAUAUGUCUAUUGUAACACAGGUUGCAACCAAGUUUUCUGAUCUCAUUGGUAGUGAUGUUUUGGUUAAGUUAUUCGAGGAGUACAAGGCUACCGAGGGCCUUUACUAUUAUUUGUCUUCGAUUGUUAACUACACUGAUGACAAAGAUUUGGUAUUUAAGUACAUUAAGGCAGCCGUGAGAACAGGCCAAUUCCAAGAAGUCCAAAGAAUUGUUAGAGACUCUAACACGUAUGACCCAGAGAAGGUAAAGAACUUCUUGAAGGAUGCUGAUAUUCCUGAUCAAUUGCCGUUGGUUAUCGUGUGUGAUAAGUUCAACUUCGUUCACGACUUGGUCCUAUACCUAUACAAGACCAAAAACACCAAGUUUAUUGAAGUUUAUAUCCAACAAGUGAAUCCUGCAAAAACUCCUCAGGUUGUGGCUGCUUUGCUUGAUGUUAACUGUGAUGAACGGGUCAUCCAAGAUCUGCUACAAAGUGUUGCAGGUCAAUACCCAGUUGGUGAAUUGACCGAAGAAGUUGAAAAACGUAAUAGGUUAAAGAUCCUAUUGCCAAUACUAGAGCAGACAUUGCAAAGUGGGACCCAAGACCAAGCUGUCUACAAUGCGUUGGCGAAGAUUUACAUCGACUCGAAUAAUUCUCCAGAGAAGUUUUUGAAGGAGAACAACCAGUAUGAUACCUUGAACGUUGGGCGUUACUGUGAAAAGCGUGAUCCAUACCUGGCAUACAUGGCGUAUGAUAAGGGUGAUAAUGAUGAGGAUUUGGUAAGAAUAACCAAUGAGAAUACUAUGUACAAGUACCAAGCCAGGUAUUUGUUAAAACGUUCUGACUUGGACUUAUGGGCGGCCGUGUUAGACGAAGAUAAUAUUCACAGGCGUCAACUAAUCGAGGCAGUGAUUGGCGUUGGCAUCCCAGAACUGACAGACCCAGAACCCGUUUCGAUCACCGUGCAAGCGUUCAUGUCGGCUGGUUUGAAGCUUGAACUAAUUGAACUCCUUGAGAAGAUUAUUUUGGAACCCUCGCCUUUUACCGAGAACCAAGCUUUGCAAGGUCUAUUGAUGCUUUCUUCGAUUAGAUAUGAUUCCUCUAAAGUAUUGGGCUUAAUUGAAAAACUUGACCAUUUUGAUGCUGAUGAGAUUGCACCAUUGUGCUUGGAAUCAGGUUUGAAUGAAGAAGCAUUUGCGAUAUACGAUAAGAAUGAGAUGCAUGACAAAGCCUUGCAAGUUUUAGUGGAAAAUAUGAUGUCUCUAGAGAGGGCUGAAACCUAUGUGGAAAAGGUUGACAAGCCCGUUCUAUGGUCGCAAUUGGGGUCUGCUCAGUUGAAUAGUUCCCAGAUUAGCGCCGCAAUUGACUCUUAUAUCAAAGCGCAAGAUCCAUCGAACUAUGAGAAUGUCAUUAAUACGACCCUGGAAUUUGAGAAGUAUGAGGAGUUAAUCCCAUAUUUGACAAUGGCGAGACAAUCCUUGAAAGAACCAAAAAUUGAUGGGGCACUUAUCCUAGCAUACGCAAAACUUGAAAAACUAAACGAAAUUGAGAAUUUGCUCAAUUCCAAUAAUGUUGCAGAUCUGGAGGACGUUGGUGACCAGCUAUCUGAGCAGAAAAACUACAAGGCAGCCAAGUUGUGCUAUGCAUCGAUUUCUAACUAUUCGAAGUUAGCAACAACCUUGGUUCACCUCAAAGAUUAUCAAGCCGCAGUUGACACCGCUCGUAAGGCUUCUAACAUCAGAGUUUGGGGGCAGGUCAACAACGCAUGUGUUGACAACAAAGAGUUCAGACUGGCACAAAUUUGUGGGCUGAACUUGAUUGUACAUGCUGAAGAGUUGAAGGAACUUGUAGACAAGUACGAAAGUAAUGGAUACUUUGAGGAACUUAUCUCUUUAUUCGAGGCCGGAUUAGGUUUGGAAAGAGCACAUAUGGGCAUGUUCACCGAACUGGCAAUCUUGUACACAAAAUACGAACCGGCCAAGACCUUUGAACACUUGAAACUCUUCUGGUCGCGGAUCAACAUUCCAAAAGUGAUCGCGGCUACUGAACAAGCCCACUUAUGGCCAGAACUAAUAUUUUUGUACGCGCAUUAUGACGAAUGGGACAACGCUGCGUUAACAGUGAUCGAGAAAUCAGCCGAUUCAUUCGACCACUCGUACUUCAAGGAGAUUGUCGUUAAGGUUUCUAACUUGGAAAUCUAUUACAAGGCGAUUAACUUUUAUGUCAAGGAACACCCAUCGUUGUUGAUUGAUCUGUUGGCAGUUUUAACGCCAAGGCUCGAUAUUCCUAGAACAAUUAAGAUCUUUGCGAAGUCUGACAACUUGCCUUUGAUUAAGCCAUUUUUAAUUAAUGUUCUACCGAAGAACAACAGUGUCGUUAACCAAGCUUAUCAUGAGUUGAUGAUUGAAGAGGAAGACUACAAGGCUCUCCAAAGUGCUACUCAAUCUUAUGACAAGUUCGACCAGUUAGCUCUUGCAGCACGCCUGGAAAAACAUGAAUUGAUUUUCUUCAAAAAAAUAGCGGCACAGCUGUACCGUAGGAACAAGAAAUGGUCAAAGAGUUUAUCAAUUUUAACAGAAAACAAGCUCUGGAAAGACGCUAUCGAAACAGUGGUCAUUUCCCAGGAUUCUCACGUUGCAGAAGAUCUUUUGAAUUACUUCUUGGAGUCGGACAACAAAGAGGCUUUUGUCGCCCUGUUAUACUCUGCCUACAAUUUGAUUAGAUACGACUACGUCUUGGAAGCCGCAUGGCUCAAAGGUUGGGAAACUCUGAUCAAGCCAUAUGAGAUAUCUAUCAAAAAGGAACAAUUUGACAAGAUACAGAAGUUGUCAGACACGCUAGCUACGAUGGACCUUUCUGAGAAGGGUGCUAAAGAAGGUCAGCCACUUCUACUCACCAAUGGUGCGGCGGGUUUCAACUUUUAA